AUGUCCGUCUCAACUGUCAGCCCCGAGAAAGGCACCGUGGACGCGGAUAAGAAACAAGGUGUUGCCCCGGAGUAUGGCCCAGACGAGCGUGGAUUUCGAAGAAUCAUAAGAAAUUUCACCCCCUCAUGGUUCAUCAUCAUAAUGAGCACUGGAGUCAUAUCGAUCAUGUUCCAUCAACUGCCUUACAAUGGACACUGGCUCCAAAUCAUUUCCAUUGUUUUCUUCGUCCUCAACCUCGCACUCUUCCUCCUCUUCACCCUUAUAUCCUGCCUGCGGUACAUUCUCUAUCCCCAAAUCUUUCCGGCCGUGCUUCGCCAUCCACACCAAAGCUUGUUCGUGGCAACCUUCCCCGUGGGCCUUGCAACACUCAUAAACAUGACCGUCCUGGUGUGCACCCCAGUGUGGGGUCACGGCAUGGCUACGUUUGCAUGGGUAUUAUGGUGGAUUGAUAGUGUGCUGGCUCUAAUCACCUGUUUCCAUCUUACAUUUGUGAUAAUGUCAAACCGGAGAAGCGAGCUGGCGGAGAUGACUGCGUUGUACCUUAUCCCCAUCGUCGCCAUCGUGAUCGCUGCAACUUCUGGAGGCCUCGUUGCGGGAGCAAUCCCCAAUCAGAAGCACCAGUUGUGGACGCUCGUCAUCAGCUACAUCUUCUGGGGUAUCGGAUCGCCUCUGUCAUGGAUCAUCCUAACCCUCUACUUUCUUCGCAUGACCGUACACAAGCCACUCAAGCGCGAAGUCAUCGUGUCACUUCUACUUCCAAUUGGCCCUCUUGGUCUCUCAGGAUUCUCCCUAAUUGUACUCGGCAAGCUCGCCAAACGCCUGUUUCCUGCGACCCACACUCUACCCCAUGUAGCUAAUGCAGGCGACGUGUUCUAUAUCGUUGGUUUCUUCGUCGGCCUCAUCCUGUGGGGCUUCGCCGUUGUCUGGUUCAUCAUCGCUGUCAUCAUGAUAGCCACCUCUGGCGGCUUUCCAUUCAACAUGGGGUGGUGGGGCUUCAUCUUUCCAGUCGGUUAG